AUUUACUACACAGCAUUGGCAGGAGAUACUAGUUAGAGCUACCCUGCUGUAAAAUGCAUUUGUUGGUCUGCUCCACAUUAUUGUUAGUCGUUGGCACUUUACCAACGGGCUUAGUACAAGCUGGUCCAAUCAAGGAACAAUGCUUGGCGUAUUCGGGAGUCACAGCACAUGAUGUUGCGGAUCGUUAUGUGAACGACGAUCCUGGCGUUAGUGUGAAGUGCUUUUUCCGCUGUUUUUUUGAAAAAAUUGGCAUUAUGGCCGAUAACAAGAUAAUACCUGGAGCUUUUGGGCGAGUUGUAGGUCAUUUAAUUACCGAGGAAGGCGUACAGCGAAUGGACGAGACUUGUAAUUUGUUUGAGAGCGAAACAAGCGAUGAAGACUCUUGCGAAUUCGCCUGGCAAAUAACUGUGUGCUACGAAGGACUAAAAAUGUCAGAUGCUCGGCAUGAGCUAAAAGCUCGAAUGCGCAGAGAAUAAUUUGCUACUAAUAUCAAUUUUUAUAUUGCUUAAAAUUCGAACUAAUAAAUAAGGCUCGUGAGUUCACUUGAUUUCCCGAAACUAAAAUACUAA